CAUGGGGCUACCCCCAUCUCCCCCAAUGACCCCGCCCCGGGACGGGACUCCCAUGCGGCCCCGCCCCUUUGACGCCACUUCCUGCAGAGAAGGCUCCGGUAGACCGGGCCAUGGUGGUGCUGCGGGGCGGCGCGGGGCCGGAGGAGCCCUACCCGAGGAUUGAGGACUGCCUGCCCCCGCUGGAGAACUCCCCGUCCAAGAGGUUCUCCCCCUCCAAGCGGAAGCAGUACUACAUCAACAAGGCCAUCCGCAACUCGGACCUCAUCCCCAGGGCCAAGGGUCGCAAGAGCCUGCAGAGGCUGGAGAACACUCGCUUCCUGAUGACGCUCCUGGAGCGAGAUGAGUGUGGGAGCGACGAGGGCGAGCUUGACCACUCUUCUCCCCCGAGCAUCUUCACUGAGGCCUGUAACAAUGAGACCUACGUGGAGAUCUGGAAUGACUUCAUGAACCGGUCAGGAGAAGAGCAGGAGCGAGUCCUGCUCUACUUGGAGGAGGAAGCUGGGAAGAAGCACAGGAGGAAGCUGCCCGGCAAGAACGAGGACAAGUGGAAAGAGCACCCUGCUGACACCCCCCAGGAGUGUUUCCAGCGCAUCAGCCGCCGCCUCCGCGCCACCCUGAAGCGGGGCCGGAUCCCCAUGGGGACACUGGAAGGACUGGAGGAGGAGCUGCUGGCCUUCUUCUCCGUCACCCCUCACUCCGUCUACACCGCGCUGAUGGACAACAGCUUCGAGCGGCUCCUGCUCCACGCGCUCUGCCAGUACAUGGACCUCGUCUCUGCCAGUUCCAACAUCGAAGGGAAACGUCAAAUGAAAGUGAGCAACAAACACCACGUCUUUCUGCCCCCCGAGCUCCUGCUCUCAGACUACCUGGGGCAGAUGAGCUGAUGCCCCCCGAGCUGCCCUGCCCCUUGCUCUCUUCACCUGCCCCCAGCCCCUCGCAGCCUCUUCAGGGGCUCAUCCCUUCCCCUCCCCCAGGAGCAGAUGCUGGGGCAGAGCUGGGGCUCAGGGCUGCUCUCCCCGCGGCUCGUGGCCGUGGCACCACCAGGUACAAGGUGCCCGUUUGUCUCUUGCCCUGUCCUGGGGCUGCAGGGCUGCUUCCCGGCCGGAGCUGCUCUCCCUGGAACUGUUUGUGUGUCUAUUUAUAGCCCAGGUGCUUUUAAAAAUAAUCGGGCUGGGCCAAACCCACUGACGCUCGUGGGGUGAUUUCAGUCCAGAUUUUUCUGUGGUGAAGCAGCUCCUCGCGGCUGCUGAGCCAACGCUGAGGCAGCGGAAGAGCCCCGGGGCGUUCCUGGGCUGCGUCCAGCUCUGCACCCACCACGGGGUGUUCCGUGGGGGGCUCUGCCCCGCCAGCCCCCCGGGCAGGGUGCGGGCUCCCCGCUGCUUUUGCCUGCGGGUGUUUUGGCAGCGCCCUGUUCCCUGCCUCGUGUGGCCCUGCCUGCACCGUGGGGGACAGGGUGUUUUUAAAUGUAAUAUAGCCUGUGUUUUUUAACGUGUGUGUAUAUACGUGUGUGUGUGUCUGUGCUGGAGGCCUCAGGCCCUCUGGCUGCCGUUGGGGCAGUGUGGGGGUCCCCCUGUGUCCCCAGCACACAUCAGGGACUGCAUGCAGGGGUCGUUGCAGCUGAGGAGCCACACGGGGGGUCCUGCUCCAGCUGAGGACCCGUGGAGGAGUUGGACCCUGAUCCAGGGCUGUGCCUCAGCCUGCUGUGGCAGUACCCCCUGCUCCUGGGGCUCUCUGCUGGUUGCUCUGGGCUCCAAGAAGACAACAACUGCCAUGAACCAAGGGGAUCCAGCCCUGCCUUGCACCGCCUUUGCUUGUGUGAUGGCAUUCAGGAACAAUAAACCACGGUGCUCCCA